AUGCACGAGAUUGUGACGGUCCAAUGCGGUCAGAAGAGUAAUUACCUUGCAACUCAUUUCUGGAAUACGCAGGAGUCCUACUUCACGUACUCAGAGAAUGAAGAGUCGGUAGUUGACCACGAUGUGCACUUCCGGCCGGGUAUAGGUGCGGACGGACACGAAACAUUCACACCACGAACGGUCAUAUACGAUCUCAAGGGAGGGUUUGGUACCCUGCGGAAAUUCAACGCCCUCUAUGAAGACCGCGGAGAAACAGCCCCCGUACACGGGCUCUGGGAUGGCACGCUUGCGAGACAGCAUGAACCGCCCAUCGCACCGACAGAUUACCAGAGAAGGCUCGAGCAGGGUCUUCCUACCAGCCAGCUGCACGACCCGGAUGUGAGAUUCUGGUCCGAUUUCAAUCGAGUCUUCUACCAUCCCAAAUCCAUCGUCCAGUUGAACGAAUAUGAACUGAAUUCGCAACUCAUGCCUUUCAACGACUGGUCCGCGGGUGAAGAAUUGUUCCAGAAUCUUGACAGGGAGUUCGAUCUUCUUGACAGAGACAUCAGAACCUUUGCCGAAGAAUGCGACCAUAUGCAAGGCUUUCAGCUUUUCAGUGGGGUUGACGACGCCUGGGGUGGCUUUGCAGCGAAAUAUCUCGACAACCUCCGAGACGAAUAUGGCAAGACAAGCAUUUGGGUCUGGGGACUCGAGGAUCGUACGACGGUCACCAGAGAACGGCGUCUGGCGAGAGCAUGUAACUCGGCGCAAUCGUUGCGAGCGAUUAGUCAGCAAGCGUCGGCGUACAUACGGCUUGCUGCACCACCAUCGCGCUUACCUCAGUAUAUCAACUUAUUGAAUGGUACUGCUUGGAGGACCUCGGCGUUACUCUGCGCAGGUCUUGAAACCAUUACUCUGCCGACAAGGUUGCGACCUGACGCGCACAAACGAAGCUUGCUAAGCUUGUUGGAAGACACGCUGAAUACUAGCGGUAGGCAAAACCUGUUCGAAUUGCAAGCGAGUGCCGGGCACCUGACAUCGCAAACCAACGGUCAUACGAAUGGCGCAAUUCGUGAACCAAAUGGGAGGAUGGCCAGUGGACAGGAUGAAGCCUCGGAUUUGCAGCCAGAACCAUCGCGAUUUGAUAUCACGUACAUGCCUGGGGUGGAUGGCGAAAGUCAUGCAGCCAAAAAGUCUCUCCACAUCUUCGCCAAAGUGGAAAGCGAGCGUGGUGCAGGCUACGACAACUUAUCGCCAAGUCUGACCCCAGAGGAGCGACUUCAACGAAGACUGAACGAGGAAAGUGUGGUUGAAAGAUUUCAGUCCGACCUUAGGUUUCCUCUACUGGAUACUUUCCCACACGACCUUGUCGAAGCGACCCGGCUGGGCAAGGAUGGACUGGAUUUCUCCGCAGCCCUGGUCAGCAGCUCGGCGAUGAAGUACAGAGCUCUCCAGUUGAGGGACACCACGAUGCGUAUGAUGCCACUGACCGAAAGAGAAAAUCAUUACAAUGAGCUUACCCAGAUAUCGAGUCACUAUGGCAAUGGCUGGGACUCUGAUGUCGAUGAUUACGACGAUGAAUGACGAGGCACGAUACAUCUACGCGGCAGUCCUCGUACGACAGUAAGGAAAGACACUCGCACCCACAUCAGAAGUCGCCGGUGGACCAGUGACCGGUGUACAGCGUUCUGUUUUUAAGGCCUCGCCUUCC